AUGCCUCACAAUAUUAUGCCCACGGACUCGCCAACCACAUCGCUUACUCAUAUACAGAUCGGAGGACGAAAAUCGAAGCUAGCUGUUGUGCAAUCAGAGUUGGUGAAACGGGCCAUUCAGGACAUUUUCCCGUCGUUGUCAUGUGAUAUACUAGCAUUGAGCACCUUGGGCGAUAAAGUACAAACACAACCGUUGUACACGUUUGGAGGCAAGUCGCUCUGGACGAAGGAGCUCGAGAUUUUGUUGUUGGAUGCUGUUGACGAGUUCCCCAAGUUGGACUUGAUUGUCCACUCGUUGAAAGACAUGCCCACGCAUUUACCAGACGAGUUUGAGUUGGGCUGUAUAUUCCAAAGAGAAGAUCCGCGAGACGCGAUUGUGAUGAAAGCGGGCAGCCCCUAUCGACACCUCAAGGACUUGCCUGGCGGGUCGAUUGUUGGAACGUCCUCCAUCAGAAGAUCGAGUCAACUCAUUAAAAACUAUCCCCAUUUGAAGUUUGAGAGCGUGAGAGGCAAUAUCCAGACAAGGUUAAGGAAACUCGACGACCCAGAGAAUGAGUUUUGCUGUCUUAUAUUGGCAAGUGCCGGCUUGAUACGUUUGGGGUUGGGCGAUAGAAUCACUUCGUGUUUAGACGAAGUGUAUUAUGCAGUGGGACAAGGUGCGUUGGGAAUAGAGAUUAAAAAGGGUGACGAGAAAGUCAAGGAUAUUUUGAAGCUUAUCGAGGAUCCAGUGGCCACAGUGUGCUGUUUAGCCGAGCGCUCCUUGAUGAGGUAUCUAGAAGGUGGGUGUUCUGUUCCAUUGGGCGUGCAUUCCGAUUACAACGAAACGACAAAACUGUUGACUUUGAAAGGGAUAAUAGUCAGUCCCGAUGGAAGCAAAUCGGUAGAAGACGAAGUGACCCGAACUAUAACGACAAACGAAGAUUGUGAGGCUGUGGGUAUCGAGCUCGGAGACAGGUUAAAAGCCAAAGGAGCAAAAGAAAUUUUGGACAAUAUCGACAUGACAAGGAACAUCAACGCCAGACCCACAGAAGUAUAA